UGAUUUUUGGGAUCAAUUGAGUCGACUUCGAUGGCCAACCAAUCGGAAGAUUGUCUUGUGGGAAGCGAUCAAAGAAGUGACGAACCAUUGGAUCAAAUGAGUGAUCGUUUGAAACACAUUGAAAGCGUUUCCGACAAUUGGUUUCAAUUCACUGACCAUUUGUUGAACCAAUUCUUGGACUCGAAGUUUGAUCCGUUAGCCGAAAGUCUUGAGCAAAACAAUCAACUCCUGGAAGCGCUACAAACGAAACAAUGCACUCAAUUGAAAGAAAUCGUCGGCCAAUUCGACGACACGAUUACCACCGAAACUGAUUUGAUUAACCGUUCGUUGGAUCUCAAGACACGCGUCGAGUCGUUGAGCUCACAAUUGACGGACAAAAAGAGUCACAAAACAGAUCUGACGAACAAAACAAAGAGUUUGACCAAA